AUGGCUUGCAGUACUCUAUAUAUAUUUUGGUUAUUGGUUUGGAAGAAUUUUCAAAAACAAAAGGACAAUAAGUUAGUGUUGUUUCUGUCGUUACUGCUGCCUGUGAUUUCGUUUUCAUUCCUUUUAUCCGUUCGCCUUUCACGGGAACAACAUUUGAGAUACUAUUCAGUCAAAGAGGAAGGCACAAUAUUGAAGCUAAAUUGGUUGCCGCUGAUCAAAAAAAUUAACGAACGCCGUCAGUUAGUGGCGGCGAAAGAGAAAAAUUUUAAAAGAAAUGUCUUCAUACCGCAAAUAAAAGUGGCAUAUGCCCCCAAUUCAAAUGCUGCCAUCGCCGUGCUCAUGGAGGCUGUGGUGGCGCAACUGAGCAUCUCGGCAGAAAAUAUUGUACCCUUUAAGACUUGCCAUGAGAUGCGAACCCACGCUUCUGCCGAACAUUAUAUGGCCAGUGUUUGCUUUCACAAUGUCGAUGCGGAUGCCUCGAAAAAUGGCCUACCAAAGGUGAUGCAUUUCGCGAUCAUUAUGCCAUCGGAGCUUCGCAACUAUGAGAGCACUUGGAUUGGCGACACCUGGAAGGAAAUCAACUUUCUUGUCAAUCCUGAAAGUUCCGAUGACGAAGAGGACGACGAGGAAAGCUAUUCGGAUUAUUUGAAAGAGGGUUUUGUAGCCCUGCAGUACUAUAUUAGCAACAAAUACCUGGAGAGUGCGUACAGCCCACUGCGAGUUCCCAAAGUCCAUAUGCGGCGAUUCAAUGAAAAUACUAAUGUACUAGUUUUCGAUAGAUUAGACACUUCGGCCAUACUGUUGAUUCUUCUUGGCUUCAUGUUUCCUGUCGCUGUUCUCGUUAAGCUGAUUGUGAAGGAGCGCGAGAUUGGACAACGUUUUGCGAUGCAGAACAGCAACGCCAGUGGAAUGUUGCAAGUUGCAGCCUGGUUCUUUAAUGGAUUCCUUGAGUUCCUGAUUUUUUCGGUCCUCAUAACAUGUCUUCUCAAGAUCGCGUGGGAUGGAAUUGCGGGAAUAUUGCACAAAAGUCCUUGGCAUAUAUUGUUAUUUUUCUUCAUCUCAUAUGGAGUAUCUGCAACCAGUUUUAUCAUUUUCAUAUCAUCAGCAAUACGCAACACAAAAGUUGCCAUUGUUGUGGUACCAAUUAUAUGGAUCCUUGUGCCGCUACCAUUUUUGUCCGAUGAAGAGCUGAUCUCUGAACUGCCGCAUGUGUUUUAUGUAAUAGCUACAGUACUUCUCUGCAGUGUGUCGUUCAGUCGCGGAUUGAAGAAAUUCUUUUACAUCGAGGAUUACCCGGGAAAAACGAAAAGUAGAAAAUUUAUCAAUUACAAAGUUAUGGAUUCUGACCUUGGACUUGUCGUACCUUUUGGAUGUUUUUACUUUCAGACAUUACUUUACACGCUAAUCGCCCUGAUCCUGGAAUCCAAUGCAAGCGCUUAUUUAGGAGGUGUUUUUAAAAAAAUGUGUCGAAAAGUUCGAAGGACCAAAUUAUACAAAAAAAUCCAGGAAGGCAACGGUCAAAGGUCAUGGCUCAAAAAGCCGGAAAGAAAAAGCGUCGAUUCAAAGAACGAAAAUAAUGCGUCAAUUGAGUUUCGUAACGUAUCGAAAAAGUACUCGAAAAAGUUUGCGGUGCGUGAUUUCACAUUCGAUGUAUAUCCCAGAGAAGUGGUGGCACUAUUGGGUGAUAAUGCGUCUGGAAAAAGCACAAUAAUGAAGAUGCUGUGCGGACUGACACAGCCUUCGGUGGGAGAGGUCUUCAUAUCUGGCUUUAAUGUAGGUACUCAUAGAAGGCAGGCCUUUAAAAAUGCCGCAUCGGCCAUGUCCUGCAACACAUUGUUCUCCGAGCUCGAAGUGUUCGACCAUCUAGUAUUUUUCAGUAGAUUGCGAGGUCUAAAGAAAACCGAAGCCAAAGAAGAAGUUGAGUCCUAUCUUCGCUCACUGAAAAUGGAGAAUUUGGAAAAAACACAGGUCAGGAGACUCACUACCGGACAGAAACUCAUUCUCCAGACCCUGUGUGCUUUCGUUGGAAGAAGACACAUUGUUAUCAUCGACAAGACCUUUGAUGGAAUGGAUGAGGCCACGGUCGCGCUGUUCCUCGAUUUUGUCCAGGAGGAGAAGAAAAGUCGCACUGUAUUUUUCACUACCAAUAGUCCAAAAGUAGCCAGCUAUCUGGCCGAUCGCAUUGCUAUUCUGUCCAAGGGUAAGCUGCUCUCAUAUGGAACUGAAAAAUCGUUGUGCAAUACGUUCGACAAUGCCUAUCGAUUGACUAUUUAUGGCAACGAAAGUUGUAAUUUCGCAGAAGUGCAACUCUUUUUGGAAAAAUACGUAGCUAAUAUUGAGCUGGACUGUAGGUUUGGUUAUUCCGCGAUCUUUCUAAUUAAAUAUAAAGACCAAACUGAGUUAAUUAAAUUGCUCGAAAACUUGACAAAUAGCAAAGAGAACUUGAAUAUAUACAGGUUUCAACUACAGGCAUGCAGCCUUGACCACAUCUUAUUGAGCUUGUUUGGCCAUGAGCAGUCAAGUAUUGAAUUGGAAAACCCUGCAUCCCAAAUAUUUCGCAUCGAGGGCCGGCUGGAGAAGAGGUAUACCUCACUGAUCCGGGACCUUUGGGUGGUGCUUCGCCAGCGCCUGAUCGCCGAUUUUCGUAACUGGUUUUUGCCCUUUCUGAAAUUUAUUUUGCCCGCAUCGGUGGCCGUUUGGACACUUUGUAUGCCAUAUUUUUGGGACACUUCCCAGCCACCGGAUAGAAGAAGUUUUCCGAUUGGUGACCGUGACCGUGUUAUCAAUAUCUUUCAACAAAAUUCACCAGCAUCACCAGCACUUGUGAGGGCGAGCGAGGAGUACGCCAAGACAGGAGCCAUUGAAUUAAAUCCGGGUCACGACAUUACCAUGUACAUUCGCAGGCAUGUCCAUAGGCACAAAUUGUUGUCCGACUUGGACUUUCUGGCGGCUGCCAUAUUUUCCGAAGGCGAGGUCCAAGCUCUGUUCAACAACAAAUGGCCCCACUCGGCACCCAACAGUCUGGCCAUGGUAAUGAAUUCCUUGGCAGUUGGCUUUCUAGGCUCUGACUCGGGAAUAAAGGUGGAAAUCGAUCCAUUGCCCUUCUCGACGGUGCAUACUUUGCAGUUGCAUCUGAACACCGAUGGUAUCGAUUUGAUAUUCGCCUGCAGCCUGUGCUUCAGUUUCUGUUUCAUUUGGAGCAUCCCUCUGCUUUACAUGGCACUGAAUCGCGAAAGUCGCUAUAACUAUAUUGAACUGAUUUCUGGGAUGCGGAUCAGCCUUUUGAUACUGGCGUUUUUAAUCUACGAUAUAGUUGUGGUGUCAGUGACCAUUUUUCCGCUUAACAUAGCCGUCCUAUUCCUCGAGUGGGAUGUACUAAUGAAUCCUGAUAUUUUCGUGCUUUAUUCCUAUAUCUUGGUUAUCGUGUCGAUCUGUGUGCUCAGCACAAACAUCCUUAUAUCCAUCGGCCUGCGAAAGAUUUACACGGGUUAUCUGUUCGUACUCGCCUUCAACACACUUGGCAUUGUGAUUUACCUUGCUGUAUGGGAAUCGAACCUGACCGCAGAAUCCAAUGACCUUUUAUUUUUUCUUCUCGACUUCCAUCCGUUCUAUGCCUUACUGCACAAUCUAAUGCGCGUUGCCAGCCUAUCGGAGAAAAUUUGGCUUUGCAGCGAUAUGCAAAUUUAUGAGACCAGUGUCUAUUCGGCGCAGUGCCAGAGUGUUCCAAAUUGUUGUGAUACCAGAGCACAGCAGUUUCAUCACUUCCGAUACUUAAGUUGCGUUUACGUAUUGACCAUCGUGGUGUGGAUCAUAAUUUUCAUUUUUCUCCAGUCACAUUUGGUAAAUCACACGCCACGCCAACGGAAAUAUUUGAAUGACAAUGAUCCAGAUAGCCAACAUUUCCACAAUAUUUUGCACAUUCCCCAGCCCAGUGAUCUUGAAAAUACCAGGAUAUUGGAAAAGUCCCGUGUUCGGACUCUGGAACGUAAUUAUAUCGAGAGAAAAGUCUUGCAUGUGGAACACUUGAGCGUUUUCUUUGACUUAAAGGCGGCACUCAAACAUAUUGACUUUAUGUGCAAUAGGUAUCAAGUGCUAAGCAUAUUCGGGACAAAUGGAUCUGGAAAAACGGUUCUGAUGAAAACCAUACUCGGUGUUAUCUCUCCCAGCUCAGGACGAAUUGUAUGCUCAAAUAGGGUGCCGCUGAAGGCGAAAAACUUGGAAGCUUACAAUCUGACUGGUUAUAGUGCACAAGAAACUAACACGUUUCAGACAUUGACAAUAUUGGAAAGUAUAACAUUGCUAUUGCGAGUUCGACGCUCAGUGGCCAAAACUUUAGCAUCGGAUGCCACAACACUGUGCAAAAUAUUUGGUCUACACAAGUAUCGGUUUCAAUUGCUUUCGGUCUGUAGUCGCGGUAUAGGGAAGCGACUAAGCCUAGCCCUUGCACUGCUAAGCGAUGCCGAUCUCAUCCUGUUGGACGACCCAUUUACCCAUUUGGAUGUACUCUCCCGGAGGAACACGAUCCGCCGAAUCUACGAUGUGAGCCAACGAGGUAAAUCUGUGAUCUACACCUGCUCCGACACCGACUUUUCUCCACCGGCCCUGCGAAUGGCUGCCCUCAAUCAUCCAAGAAUGGCCGCCAUUGGGGAGCGACAGGAAAUAGAGCUGAACUACCACUCAGAGUACUUUGUCAUCGAGACCAGUAUCGAUUUCGUGGCCACUGAUAAUGUGCUAAUGACAACACUGGCAGAUGGGUCCCAAACCGAAGACAUGUCCGCAUUUGGGAAGCUGCAAAGGAGCUCAGGUUAUCAAGAUUACUCGAGGAUACACAGUGAUAGUGCGGAUAGAUGGAAAUACCUACAGCUAUGUGCUCUCAUCGAAAAAAUAUUUCCCCAAGCAAUUAUUAAGACUGUACGCUUGCCGAAGGCCUGGUUUUGGUUGUCACGUCAAAAGUAUUCCAUGGCGCAAAUUGUUAAAAUUCUUCAGCUUAACGAACAACAUUUUUACUCCUUUACAAUUUCCCAGCCGUCCACAAAUUACAUAUUUCUCAAUAUCAGUCCCGAGGAAGUGCCCAAGGAGUCAUUUUCUUCUUAACGGGUUUUCAGUGAUAACU